AUGAUCAUUGUAGUGGCGAUAUCAUUACAAUGCAGCAAAGUUAGAUUCUUUAGCAUUUUUGCUGAUGCUAGAGAGCUUGAUGACUGGAAGGUUCUAAUGGUGGAUAACGGUGAGAGAUAUCGGAGCCAGAUCGGAAAACUCGUCGGUGAAGACGGUGGCGGGAAGAAAGAGUUUCGGGUUUUGGAAAAGUUCCGAGCUUUGCUCGAUUUGUUAAAACCCUCUACUUCCCGGCGAAGAAAUCUCGCAGUUUCUGCUCCUUACUCUCCCUGGCCGGCGCCGUCGCCGUCUCCGUUUCCAAACGGUGGUCCAAUCGAGUCUCCGGCGUAUUCUCCAGCUCCUCAACGGCCAAUCCCUCCGCAUCUCCGUCGUCCGUUGCCUCAACGGACCCAUCCAUCGAGACAAACCGAGAUUCAGAGACGGAAACACGAGAAAGAAGGAACAUUUAAGAAGAUUAUCUUACCUGUCGUUGUUUCCACAGCUUCUGGAAUCGGUUUCGUGAUUUGUGUAGUGGGAGUGUUCUGUCUCUGCGCGAGAAUCAGGAAAAGGAAGAAGAACGGUAAAACGCCGUCGUUUAAGCGGAAAAAGGGCAAAUCUCAGAGCUCGACGAGGAAGGUUAGUACAAACCCUACGCUCGAUUUCCUGUACUUAAACUCACUCGGAGCUGAUUUGGAGAGACAAAGCUCUGUUUCCGUUAAAGAAAUACGAGAAACAGAGAAGGAUUUGAACGAUAACAAUGGCGUGUUGCUUGAGGAAGAGGUAAAGAGAAGCGUAGAAACAGAGAUUUUGUCAGAUUCGGACAAUGCGAGUAGUUACUCGACGAAAGAGAUCGUGUCGGUGCACGAAAACGAUGAUCAAACAGUAGACUCUGUUUCUGCUCCUGUUGUUGUGAAUGGAUGCGAUUCUUCGGAUGAUGAGUCUUUUCAUUCAGCUGGUGGUGGCUCUCAACGCUUCUCAGAACGCGAACUUGAGAUUCCACAAGUCUCCGGAAAAGAUUUCGGAAUCUCUCCUCCACCACCGCCACCGCCACCGCCUCCACCGCUUCCAAAAUCCUCAAACAAACGUUUUCACACUCUGUCUCUGCCGGAAACCGCUACUCUGCAGACGCUCUCGUCGCAAUUAUCUGAAAAGCUUUGUGCUUCUUCCUCGAGGCCAAGUCUUUCACAAGAAAAUGAUUCUAAAUCGCUGCCGCCUCCACCCCCACCGCCGCCGCUACGGCCACAACAACCUCAACCUAUAAACAAAACGCCGCCGCCUCCUCUGUCUCUAGAUUUUACUCAGCGUAGGCCGUUAGGUAAAGAUGGAGCUCCAUUACCUAAACUGAAACCACUUCAUUGGGAUAAAGUCAGGGCAACACCGGACAGGACUAUGGUUUGGGAUAAGCUCAGAACAAGCUCUUUCGAAUUAGACGAAGAGAUGAUUGAGUCGCUGUUUGGAUACACAAUGCAAAGCUCGGCGAAGAACGAAGAAGGGAAGAGCAAAACUCCAUCUCCAGGGAAACACCUUCUUGAACCUAAGAGACUUCAGAAUUUUACCAUUCUCUUGAAAGCCCUAAACGCAACCGCCGACCAAAUCUGCUCUGCCUUGGGGAAAGGGGAAGGCUUGUGUUUGCAGCAACUAGAAGCGUUGGUGAAGAUGGUGCCGACUAAAGAAGAAGAACUGAAGCUGCGUAGCUACAAAGGAGAAGUGGAUGAGCUUGGCUCGGCUGAGAAGUUUCUCAGGGCUCUCGUCGGAGUUCCAUUUGCGUUUCAAAGAGCUGAAGCAAUGCUUUAUAGAGAAACGUUCGAAGACGAAGUGGUUCAUCUCAGAAACUCCUUCUCAAUGCUUGAGGAAGCUUGCAAGGAGCUUAAGUCAAGCAGGUUAUUCUUGAAACUCUUAGAAGCUGUUCUUAAGACUGGAAACAGGAUGAAUGUAGGAACCAUACGCGGUGGCGCAAAAGCCUUCAAGCUUGACGCUCUGCUUAAGCUCUCUGAUGUGAAGGGCACAGAUGGGAAGACAACUCUGCUCCACUUUGUCGUGCAAGAAAUCUCUAGGUCUGAGGGAAUCAGGGUUUCCGACAGCAUCAUGGGACGGAUUAUGAACCAGAGAUCAAACAAAAACAGAACAGCCGAGGAGAUAGAGGAGGAUUACAGAAGGAUGGGGCUAGAUCUUGUAUCGGGUCUAAACACGGAGCUACGAAACGUGAAGAAGACGGCAACGAUUGACCUUGAAGGUCUUGUUAACUCGGUGUCGAAUCUGAGAGACGGGUUAGGGCAGUUGAGGUGUCUAGCGAGCGAGAAGCUGAAAGGGGACGAAGAAAACGGAGCAUUCGUUAGUUCGAUGAGCUCGUUCUUGAGACACGGAGAAAAGAGCUUGGAGGUGUUGAGGGAAGACGAGAAGAGGAUAAUGGAGAGGGUUGGAGAGAUCGCAGAGUAUUUUCACGGAGACGUGAGAGGAGACGAGAAGAAUCCGUUGAGGAUCUUUGUGAUUGUCAGGGAUUUUCUGGGGAUGUUGGAUCAUGUCUGUAGAGAACUAAGGUGUGUUAGGGUUCCCAAUAGCCCUAGCCCUCUGGCUCCCUUUCGAUGA